GAGGCAUCAUCCAUGCCGCCAAAAUUCAAGUUUUAGCAGUAGUAGAGCAUUUUUGUAAACAACGAGCCACAGGCUAGUGGGGUGUAUUCAAGAUUGUACUUAUUUUGUGGCUACCUUUGAAUUUUGAAGCAGCCAGUUUUAAAAUGCAUAUUAAGUCGAUUAUUAUUGAUGGAUUCAAAUCCUACGCACAAAGGACAGAAAUCAACGGAUUUGAUCCUCUGUUCAACGCAAUCACAGGACUGAACGGCAGCGGCAAGUCCAAUAUUUUGGAUUCAAUAUGCUUUCUUUUGGGCAUUUCAAAUCUCACUCAGGUGCGAGCAUCAAACCUCCAGGACUUGGUCUACAAAAAUGGACAGGCUGGCAUAACCAAGGCCAUGGUGUCCAUUACAUUUGACAACUCCAACAAAAGCCAGAGUCCUCUUGGAUUUGAAACCCACGACGAGAUCACGGUCUCUAGACAGGUGGUGAUCGGAGGUAGGAACAAGUAUCUCAUUAAUGGGGUCAACGCUAACAACACAAGGGUGCAGGAUCUGUUCUGCUCCAUUGGUCUCAACGUCAACAACCCACAUUUCCUCAUCAUGCAGGGGAGGAUCACUAAAGUGUUGAACAUGAAGCCACCUGAGAUCCUGGCCAUGAUCGAGGAGGCUGCCGGCACCAGGAUGUACGAGUGUAAGAAGAUCAGCGCCCAGAAGACCAUCGAGAAGAAGGAGGCCAAGCUGAAGGAGAUCCAGACUAUUCUGGAAGAAGAAAUCACACCAACCAUGGAGAAGCUCAAAGAGGAGCGCUCGUCCUACCUGGAGUACCAGAAGCUGAUGCGGGAGAUCCAGCACCUCACGCGCCUCUACGUGGCCUGGCUGUUUGUGUGUGCCGAGGAGACCAAGGUGAGGUCGGCGGAGGGCCUGCAGGCCAUGCAGGACCACAUCAGCCAGCUGCAGGGCACCAUGGCGGAGAACGGGCGCACGGUCAAGGAGCUGUCCACCCAGAUCCAGGAGCUGCAGAAGACCAGGGACAAGGAGGUGGGCAACGUGCUGAAGGAGCUGGAGGACGCCGUGUCCGAGGUGCAGCGCGUCGACGCCAAGGCCCAGAGCGCCCUGGACCUCAAGAAGCAGAACCUCAAGGAUGAGACCAAGAAGAGGGGCGAGCUGGUCAAGAGCAUGGAGGAGGACAACAAGAUGGUGGUGGUGAAGGAGAAGGAGGUGGCCAAGCUGCAGGAGAAGCUGCAGGCGCUGCAGGCGGAGGGCCAGGAGGGCAGCGCCGCCCUGGUGGCGGCGGAGCAGCACUUCAGGGCCGUGUCGGCCGGCCUCUCCUCCAACGAGGACGGGGAGGAAGCCACACUGGCCGGCCAGAUGAUGACCUGCAAGAACGACAUGAGCAAGGCAGACACGGAGGCCAAGCAGGCCCAGAUGACCCUGAAGCACGCCCAGGCGGAGCUGAAGACCAAGCAGGCGGAGGUGAAGAAGAUGGAUGGCGGAUACAAGAAGGACCAGGACAGCUUAAAGGACCUGCAGGCCAGCCAGGGGAAGCUGCAGGCGGAGCUCUCCAAGCUGAACUAUGAAGAUGGCAAGGAGGAGGGUCUUCUGGACAGCAGACGCCAGCUCUCCAGGGAGGUGAGCGGGCUGAAGGAGACCUACGAGAGACUCAUCUCCCGCUUCCCAAACCUGCGCUUCGACUACAAGGACCCGGAGCGGGGGUGGGACCGCAGCAAGGUAAGGGGGCUGCUGGCCAACCUGAUCACCGUGAAGGAGGUGGCCUACGCUACCGGCCUGGAGGUGGUCGCCGGAGGCAGGCUGUACAACAUCGUGGUCGACACAGAGGUGACGGGUAAGAAGCUUCUGGAGAAGGGCGAGCUGAAGCGUCGCUACACCAUCAUCCCACUGAACAAGAUCUCAGCCAAGACGCUCAACCAGAGCGUGGUCAACGCCGCCAAGAGCCUGGUGGGAGAGGCCAACGUGCACACCGCCCUGUCCCUGGUGGGCUACGAGGAGGACCUACGCAGGGCCAUGGAGUACGUGUUCGGCUCCACGCUGGUGUGCGACACCCUGGACAACGCCAAGAAGGUGGCCUUCGACCAGCGGGUCAAGACCAAGACCGUGACCCUGGGGGGGGACAUCUUCGACCCCCAGGGGACCCUGAGCGGGGGGGCCCGCUCCCAGUCCGCCUCGGUGCUGUCCAGCCUGCAGGAGGUGCGGGAGCUGGGGGAUCAGCUGGGCCAGAAGGAGGCGCAGCUUCAUGACGUGGAGCGCCAGCUAGCCACCCUCAAGGCCACCGCUGAGAAGUUCCGUCAGCUGAAGCAGCAGGUGGAGCUGAAGCAGGAGGAGGGGCAGAUCCUGCAGGCCAAGCUGCAGCAGAGCUCCUUCCACCAGCAGCAGGAGGAGCUCGAAAGGCUGCGCAAGGCCAUCGAGGAGAGCGAGGAGACCCUGCGCAGCACCAAGGAGGUGCAGCAGCGGGCGGGGGAGAAGUACAAGGUCCUGGAGAACAAGAUGAAGAACGCCGAGGCAGAGCGGGAGCAGGAGCUCAGAGCGGCGCAGCAGAAGCUCACCGCCGCCAAGACCAAGGCCGACGCCUUCAACAAGAAGCUCAAGGAGAAGCAGCAGGAGUUCGAGGCGGUGAGCCUGGAGAUGGAGGAGCUCCGCAGGGAGCAGGCGGGCUACCAGCAGCAGAUCCAGGGCGUGGACGAGGCCACAAAGGCCAUCCAGGAGCUCAUCGACAGCAUGGCCUCCACCGUGGCCCAGAACAAGGAGGCGGUACGGAGCGCUCAGGAGAAGCUCAGCAGACAGAAGGAGAUCAUCAUGGCCCAGGACCAGGAUAUCAAGGAGAAGACCGUGGCGGCCAAUAAGAUUCGGGAGCAGACCAACGAGACCCAGCUGAAGAUCAAGGAGCUGGAGCACAACAUCAACAAGCACAAGAAGGAGAGCCAGGACGCUGCCGCUAAGGUGUCCCGCAUGCUGGAGGAGCACGACUGGAUCGCCCUGGAGCGUAGGCAGUUCGGCCAGCCCAACACGGCCUACGACUUCCAGACCAACAGCCCGAAGGAGGCCGGCCAGAGGCUCAAGAAGCUGGAGGAGACCACCGCCCGGCUGGAGAGGAACGUGAACAAGAGGGCCAUGAACAUGCUGAACGAGGCCGAGGAGCGGUACAACGACCUGAUGAAGAAGAAGAGGAUUGUGGAGAACGACAAAUCCAAGAUCCUGCAGACCAUCGAGGAGUUGGAUCAGAAGAAGAAUGAGGCCCUCAACGUGGCCUGGCAGAAGGUGAACAAGGACUUUGGCUCCAUCUUCUCCACCCUGUUGCCGGGGUCCGACGCCCGUCUGGCCCCCCCCCAGGGACGCGGGGUCCUGGACGGCCUGGAGUUCAAGGUGGCCCUGGGAAACACCUGGAAGGAGAACCUCACGGAGCUGAGCGGAGGCCAAAGGUCUCUGGUUGCCCUGUCUCUGAUCCUGGCCAUGCUGCUGUUCAAACCGGCGCCCAUCUACAUCCUGGACGAGGUGGACGCCGCCCUGGACCUGUCGCACACGCAGAACAUCGGACAGAUGCUGCGCACACACUUCCGGCACUCCCAGUUUGUGGUGGUGUCGCUGAAGGACGGCAUGUUCACCAACGCCAACGUGCUGUUCAAGACCAAGUUCGUGGACGGCAUGUCCAUGGUGUCGCGUACAGCCCUCAGCCAGAGCGACGUCAACCUGCCGCAGAAGGGCCACGACAAGCCCCGCCCCAAGGACAAGAGGGCCAGGCAGCUGAUUGGCUAGCCCGAUAAUGCACCGCGCUGCACCACCCGCCGGUGUGCCGCAUAACGCGAGCCAAAGGCGCGGUUAUCCUCGCUUUUGGAUUGCUUUGUAGAAUUGUGUAUAGCUCUCUCCACGCUCCGGGGCCUAAUCUCUCUUUAUUCACAUCUUCGUCCGACUUUGUCUUUUAAGAGCUUUGCCCGAAGGCUGGAAAGCUGAAGGUUUCUCCUCGUGUUUUAUGGUUUGUCGUUUUUAUGCGUGUUGUUGGUCGAGUGAACUUUUAUGUGUUGUGCGAUUUACACAGCGGCCUAUUCGUUUUUAACUAUUUUCUUGCCAGGGUAAUUUUUUUUAUUAAAUGGGUAAUCAUUUUUCAAGUCUUGUCCACUUUGUGCUUUUUGGUCUUUAAGGCAUGCCUUUGUAAUCAAUGUUAUAAAUUUAAAUUUCUUUUUUCAUUGUAUAUGCUUUUUCGGUUUAUGGAAUAAAGCGUCUUAUAAACACAUA